AUGAAUGGCAGCCUGGCAUGGCUGCUCAUUAUGUUCUUGAGGAAUCUCCUGAGUGAGACUGGUGGCCAGACACCACCUCAGGGCUUUAGGUAUGCCUCUUAUGAGGUGAAUCCAAGGAAACUGAGCUUUAGGUAUGGACUACAGGAAACCCGGUAUGUCAGCUACCUGCUGCAGAUUGAGGGGAAGGGCCAGGUGGUGCAUCUCCAGCAGAAGAAGGGCAUUGUUCCUAAAGACUUCCCCAUCUUCACGUACAAUCAGGAAGGGGACCUUCAGGUUGACUAUCAUUACAUCAGGGAUGAUUGUUUCUACAGUGGCUUCAUACAGGACAAGCCUCUCUCUUCAGUCACUCUCAGCACUUGCUCAGAGGGACUCAGGGGCCUGUUACAACUUAACAAUGAGACAUAUCAAAUUGAACCUGUCCAGCCAUCUGCUACCUUUCAGCAUGUGGUGUAUCGGCUGGAAACAGAGGAGGGUGCCAUGCACAUGAGGUGUGGGUUGACGGAGGAAGAGCAAAGGCAUCAAGAGGCCGUGAUCCAAGACAGAAAGCAAGUGGCUGUCAGAAGUCCUCCAGCAGAACUCUGGUGGCCACACAAGAGACAUGCAGAAGUGGCAUUUGUGGUGGAGCAUGAACGAUACGUUAAGUUUAAUAAAAAUGAAACUGAUAUAGCUAUGAAACUUCUCGAGACCAUCCAUAUGGUAAAUUCAUUUUUUGAGCCAUUUUUGGUUGAAGUAUCUGUAGCAGGACUGGAGAUAUGGACGGAAAAGAACCUCAUAGAUAUUGGUAAAACUUUAGGAAGGACACUUAAAGCUUUUACUGUAUGGAGACAUGACAUUCUACUUAACCAUCUAAAGAAUGAUGCUGCUCACUUAAUUGUAUACAGGUCGUAUGGAAGGAAUCUUGGACGAGCAUAUGUAGCAGAAAUUUGUGAUAACAGGGCUACUGGUGUUGAAGUAUCAAGAAAUUUCAAUUUGUUUGAUUUUUCUGUACUUUUUGCCCAUGAAUUUGGACAUAAUCUUGGUAUGAGCCAUGAUGAACCAGACUGUACAUGUGAUCGACGUGCCUGCAUUAUGUCUGCUUUGUACUCACGGACUGAUAAGUUUAGCAACUGCAGUUACCAUAAAUAUUUCAAUCUAAAGGACUCACCUUGCUUGUUGAUUCCACCAGACCCUGAUCAAAUGUAUAAACUCAAAUACUGUGGGAACAAAGUAGUGGAAAAAGGAGAGCAAUGUGACUGUGGUUCAGCUGUGCAGUGUCAAUCGGAUCGAUGUUGCAGGCCAGAUUGCACAUUGCAUCCAUUUGCCAAUUGUUCUUCUGGAUUGUGCUGUGACAGGUGCAAGUACCGUCCCCCUGGAUCCAUUUGCAGAAAGAGUAUUAGUAUGUGUGAUCUUCCUGAAUUUUGCACUGGAACUUCAGACCAAUGUCCAGAAGAUGUUUAUGUACAAGAUGGUGCCCCUUGCGGUGAUGGAGUCUAUUGCUAUCAUGGUCGUUGUAGUACUCCGAAUGGGCAGUGUGAAAAGAUAUUUGGCAAGAAAACCGUACGAGCUUCAGAGGAUUGUUUCAGAGGACUGAAUGCUCAAGGUGAUCGCUUUGGCAAUUGUGGCCUUGAACAUGGUAUUUUUAAGAAAUGCAAAGCUGAAAAUAUUCUAUGUGGCCGAAUGCAGUGUAGUAAUAUUUAUGGGCUACCUACCUUGGAGGAACACCAAACCAUCAUUCAAACCACCAUUGGCAAAAGUAACUGCUGGGCUACAGACUACCACAGUGGAAUGGAGGUAGCUGAUCUUGGAGCAGUGGAAGACGGUACACCUUGUGGCACUGGCAUGAUGUGUGUUAGUAGGGAAUGCAAGAAUGUGUCCCUCUUGCAGUAUGAUUGCAAUGCCACAAAGUGCCAUAAUAGGGGAAUAUGCAACAACCACAAACACUGCCAUUGUUCUUAUGGUUGGGCCCCUCCUGACUGUCUAAAGGAAGGAUAUGGGGGCAGCAUUGACAGUGGGCCAAUUUCAAAAAACUGGAAUGGUGUCAGUGUAGGUAGCAUUGUAGGAAGUGUGUUGGUCCUUUCCACAGUGACUGCUGCUGUUGGCAUGGGUGUGUAUUACAGGUUUGUGCUACGUAACAAGGUUAGAAGAAUGAGUUUAAGAAUCUCUCCCUCAGAAUCAACAGAGGAAUGA